AUGGCCUUGGUGCAGAAGUACGGAAAACCAGACAUCUUCCUCACCAUGACUUGCAACCCCAACUGGGAAGAAAUACUUAGGAACCUUGAACCUGGCCAGACACCACAAGACCGUCCUGAUCUUGUUGUGCGAGUAUUUAGAGCCAAAUUAGAAGAUCUCAAGUUUCAGCUCUUCCAUAAUCACAUCCUUGGUGUUGUUGCGACGCAUGUCCAUGUCAUUGAGUUUCAGAAAAGGGGUCUACCGCAUGUACACUUCCUCCUUAUCAUGAAGUCAGGCUAUAAGCUUACAUGUCCAGAACAGUACAACACUGUCAUUUCCGCAGAGCUUCCAACCAAGGAAAGGUAUCCUGAGCUUCAUGAAAUGGUUGUCAAACACAUGAUGCAUGGUCCUUGUGGUUCGUUAAAUCCUAGUAAUGUAUGUAUGAAGAAUCAAAAUCGCACAUGCAAGAGCUAUUAUCCACGCCAGUUUACUGAGACAACUCUCCAAGGCAAGGACUCUUACCCCAUCUACAGAAGACGGGAUGAUGGGCAGAAGGUACAUGUAAGAGGGCAUGUCUUGGACAACAGAUGGGUUGUGCCAUAUAAUCCUAAGCUACUAAGGAGGUAUGACUGCCACAUCAACGCCGAGGUUUGCUCAAGCAUUAAGGUUGUCAAGUACCUUUACAAAUACAUCUACAAGGGUCAUGACAGGGCAUCUGUUUCUAUCAGUGAUACCGAUGGCAAUCAUGAGAUUAAUGAGAUCGAUGAUUACAGGGAAGCUAGAUGGGUAGCCCCACAGGAGGCACUGUGGAGAAUCUUUGCCUUCGAUCUUAGUGGGAUCUCCCCCCCAGUGCUCCAGCUGCAACUUCAUCUCCCUGGCAUGCAUCUCGUGUCCUACAAGGAUAACGCGGAUGUACGUCAGAUUUUGGACCAACAAGGUGCCUCUGAGACCAUGUUAACUGGGUAUUUUAAGGCGAAUUGUGAGUUCCCGUGGGCACGGAGCAUACUAUAUAGGGAAUUCCCAGAAAAUGCAGUUUGGAACCCUACAUUAAAGAAAUGGAAGAAAAGAAAACAAUGCACACAGGUUGGAAGGAUCAUCUCAGCGCAUCCUGCGGAGGGAGAAAGAUACUAUCUAAGGGUACUACUAAACCAUGUGGCAGGUGCUACUUCAUAUGAAAAUCUAAGGACAUUUGAUGGUGUUGUCUACCCUACCUUCCGUGAAGCUGCCGAGAAAAGAGGUCUUAUUGAGUCAGACAAUAACAUCGAUGAUUGCUUAACAGAGGCUGAAAUAUUCCAUAUGCCAUCAUCUCUCCGAAGGCUUUUUGCCACAAUAUUGGUUUUCUGUGAACCCAACAAUGUCCGUGGAAUAUGGAACAAGCACCUAAAGGCAAUGUCCGAUGACUUCCGACGAGACCAAAUGAACUCACAUGUAGUUGAACAAAUGGUUUUGUUGGAUAUUAGAAAUAUGCUACAGUCAAUGGGUAAGGACAUAUCAUCAUUCCCUCUUCCUGAGAUCGAAGAGGAGCAUGACACCAUGUCUGGAGAGGUAAGGGAAAUAUUUGAAGAGAGAUCUAUAGAGGUAGACCAUGAAUUUGCCUCGGUAGUGUCAUCUCUCAAUCGUGAACAACGGUAUGCUUAUGACAAAAUAUUAUCAUAUGUUGACAGCGGUAAUGGAACUGCUUUCUUUGUUGAUGGUCCUGCAGGGACCGGAAAGACAUUCCUAUACAAAGCUUUGCUAGCAAAAGUCCGAAGUGAGGGAAAUAUAGCUGUUGCUACCGCGGCAUCUGGUGUUGCUGCCUCCAUCUUGCCUGGUGGCAGGACUGCACACUCAAGAUUUAAGAUAUCACUUAGCAUACAAGAAGGAGGAGUGUGUAACUUUACGAAGCAAAGUGAGACCGCGGAACUUCUUCAAAUGGCUUCACUUAUAUUAUGGGAUGAAGUCUCUAUGACAAAAAGGCAAGCAAUUGAGGCACUUGAUAAGAGCCUGAGAGACAUCAUGGAAAAGCCCGAUCUACCAUUUGGAGGAAAGACGAUAGUUUUUGGAGGAGACUUCAGGCAGGUCCUUCCAGUUGUGCGAAAGGGGACAAGAGCACAAAUAAUAAAUGCAACAUUACACAGAUCUUACCUAUGGGAAAACAUGCAAAAGCUGAGGCUUGUUCAAAAUAUGAGGGCUCAAUCAGAUCCAUGGUUUUCUAAUUACCUACUGCGUAUCGGGAAUGGCACUGAAGAAACCGUGAAAGAUGACAAUGUAAAGGUACCCAACGAGAUAUGUGUGCCUUACACUGGUGCAGAAUCUGAUAUUGAUAAUCUUAUUGAUAGUCUUUCCUAUGUUAGCAACACACAUGUCCAAUUCAGACUACAUCACAUCUCGCGCUAUUUUGACAACAAGAAAUGA